AUGCCCUGUUUCCAGCCCUGGGUCUUCGAAAUCUUACCAAGUGAAAAGAGUAUCGCUUCCUCGACGACAAGUUUGAGCAGCUCGAUCCUCGAUUAUAGAACCGAGAAUGGAAGAACGUAUCACAAGUACAAGGACGGCAAAUACUGGAUUCCAAAUGACGAAAGAGAAAACGACCGCCUUGAUGUUCAACACAACUUGUUCAUACGUACCUUCCGAGGUCGGCUGGGAAACGCUCCCCUAAGCGACCCGGAAGCCAAGGUCGGGCGGGUCCUAGACAUUGGGACGGGCAGCGGUAUCUGGGCCAUUGACUUUGGCGAAGAACACCCCGAAGCCGAGAUUCUCGGUGUUGAUCUUUCUGCCGCGCAGCCAGAAUUUGUCCCCCCCAACAUCUUUACGGAGCGUUUCGAUUACAUCCAUAGCCGGAUGAUGACGUGGAGUAUCUCUGACUGGAAGAAGCUCUUCAAGCAGUGUUACGAGGUAACAUCAUCCCCCCUGUCGGACGACGGCACCCUCAAAGACGACUCGGCCCUCAUGCAAAGUGUGCGCCUAUGGGAAUCGGCCGCCGAGAUCUUUGGCCGUCCGUUUGAGGACACGAGACGUCUCAAGGACUUUAUGGAAGAGGUCGGCUUUGAGGACGUCCACAUUCUCAAGUACAAGUGGCCCACGAACACCUGGCCUAAGGACCCUCACUACAAGGACCUUGGCUCGUGGAGUUACGAGAAUGUGUCGCUCUCUUGGGAAGGUUUCCUGAUGGCACCUCUGACGAGAGCACACAACUGGACGAGGGAAGAGGCACUCGUCCACAUCAUGGAGGCUCGGAGGGACUUGUCGGACAGGACUAUUCACACUUACUUCAACGUUUGGUCCAUUUACGGAAGAAAACCUAUGAAGGCUGAUGACGCAGAAAAUUAA